CACUAUAUCUGGUCUUCCACAGUACACAGGACAUGGAAAUGCAUUUAUUUUAGUAAAUAUAAACUGCUAAAUAUAUUUUCUCAUCAGCAGUAUAUAGCAGUCUUCUGAGCACAUGUCCAGAGGAAUUUUCAUUCUCCUCUCACUGCCCUAUGAGAUUGCAUAACCUCUGACCCUCUGUCUGGACAGUGCUGAUUGGCCCAGUGCUGAUCACAUGCACUCACAAAAAAAAAGGAAAAAACUAACUAGCAGUACACACCAAACUGAGCAUGUGAAGAUUGUCCCUGAGGCUGUGUUUUAUCAGGAGAUGAAAUGGGGAACGUGGAAGGAGGAGUGGAUCAGAGAAGACAGGAUCAAACAUCCUUUUUACACAAUGCAGAGGAUUAACCCCUUAAGUUCCACAGUGAGUAUAACCAGCAUGCUUUACUGCAUAUACAGACUGAUUUUACCAUCCUGGGUUUAG